AUGUGGCUAUGCUGGCUAUGGCCUUGGAGGCUGGCCACGCAGAGCCUGGGUCGGCAGGGUGCCUGGCGCGUGGUUGGUGGCCUGGGGGUCUGGCUGUCAUCAACCCUGUGCUCCUUGCAGUCCUCUCUUGCCUGUGCUCCUGCUCCCAGCCUCCAGGAUGGCAGCAGUUCUGGCCUGUCUGAAAGCGAGGAGAGUGUGUUCUCAGGCCUGGAAGAUUCCGGCAGCGACAGUAGUGAGGAUGACCCAGCCAAGGAAGAGGAUGGGGUCAGCAGUGACGAGAGCCACGGCGAGACGGAGAAGACCACUGAGCAGCGGGUGCAGGAUGGGACCCCUUCCCCGAGGACGGCGGUGGCGAGAGUGCAGGGCUGUGAAGAGUACGCGGAGGACAGCUCUGACGAGGAGGACAUCCGGAACACGGUGGGCAAUGUGCCCCUGGAGUGGUACGAUGACUUCCCCCACGUGGGCUAUGACCUGGACGGCAGGCGCAUCUACAAGCCCCUGCGGACCCGUGACGAGCUGGACCAGUUUCUGGACAAGAUGGACAACCCUGAUUACUGGCGCACGGUGCAGGACCGGAUGACGGGGCACGACGUGCGGCUGACGGACGAGCAGGUGGCCCUGGUGCGGCGGCUGCAGAGGGGGCAGUUUGGGGACGGGGGCUUCGAUCCGUAUGAGCCGGCUGUGGACUUCUUCAGCGGGGACCCAAUGAUCCACCCGGUGACCAACCGACCCGCCGACAAGCGCAGUUUCAUCCCGUCCCUGGUGGAGAAGGAGAAGGUCUCUCGCAUGGUGCACGCCAUCAAGAUGGGCUGGAUCCAGCCUCGCCGGCCCCGGGACCGCACCCCUGGCUUCUACGACCUCUGGGCGCGGGAGGACCCUGACGCUGUGCUGGGCCGGCACAAAAUGCACGUGCCCGCUCCCAAGCUGGCCCUACCCGGCCACGCGGAGUCCUACAACCCACCUCCCGAGUACCUGCCCAGCGAGGAGGAGCGCCUGGCGUGGGAGCAGCAGGAGCCGGGGGACAGGAAGCUCAACUUCCUGCCACACAAGUUCCCGAGCCUGCGGGCCGUGCCCGCCUACGGCCGCUUCAUCCAGGAGCGCUUCGAGCGCUGCCUCGACCUCUAUCUGUGCCCACGGCAGCGCAAGAUGAGGGUGAACGUGGACCCUGAAGACCUCAUCCCGAAACUGCCCCGGCCGCGGGACCUGCAGCCUUUCCCCACGUGCCAGGCCCUAGUCUAUAGAGGCCACAGCGACCUUGUCCGUUGCCUUAGUGUCUCCCCGGAGGGCCAGUGGCUGGCUUCAGGCUCCGACGAUGGCUCAGUGCGGUUCUGGGAGGUGGCCACGGCCCGCUGCUUGAGGACCAUGUCCGUGGGGGGCGUGGUGAGGAGCGUUGCCUGGAACCCUCACCCCACCAUCUGCCUGUUGGCUGUGGCAGUAGAGGACUCAGUGCUGCUCCUGAACCCGGCCCUGGGGGACCGGCUGGUGGUGAGCGGCACGGACCAGCUGCUGAGCGCCUUUGUCCCGCCCGAGGAGCCCGCGGUGCAGCCGGCCCGCUGGCUGGAGGCCUCAGAGGAGGAGCGCCAGGGGGGCCUGCGGCUGCGCAUCUGCCACGGGAAGCCGGUGACACAGGUGACCUGGCACGGGCGCGGGGACUACAUGGCCGUGGUGCUGGCCGCCGCAGGCCACACGCAGGUGCUGAUCCACCAGCUGAGCCGGCGCCGCAGCCAAAGCCCCUUCCGCCGUAGCCACGGACAGGUGCAGCGGGUAGCCUUCCACCCUGUGCGACCCUUCCUGCUGGUGGCUUCCCAGCGCAGCGUCCGCCUUUACCACCUGUUGCGCCAGGAGCUCACCAAGAAGCUAAGACCAAAUUGCCNGGGGGGGGUGUCCCCACCACCCUAUCUGCCCCCAGGGGACAAUGUCAUUUGCGGCAGCUAUGACAGCAAGCUCGUGUGGUUCGACCUGGACCUUUCCUGUGAGCCGUACAGGGUGCUGAGGCACCACAAAAAGGCCCUCAGGGCUGUGGCCUUCCACACCCGAUACCCACUGUUCGCAUCUGGCUCUGACGACGGGAGCAUCAUCGUCUGUCACGGGAUGGUGUACAAUGACCUGCUGCAGAACCCGCUGCUGGUGCCGGUGAAGGUGCUGCGGGGGCAUGUGCUGACCCGAGACCUGGGGGUCCUGGACGUGGCCUUCCACCCCACCCAGCCGUGGGUCUUCUCUUCGGGGGCCGACGGCCCCCUCCGCCUCUUCACCUAGGCCGCCUGGUUUCCGUGGGGCGUGGGGGGGGGGGCGUGUGUGCUGAGGACCCUCAAUACAGGUGUUCCCCUGCCGA